GGUAUGAUCCAUCUCGCUUGGUCGCAGUUUGGCGUCACAGAAAAAAGUAACGUGCAGCAGAAACUUCACUGUAAACAGUGAGGGAGCUAGCACAGCUAACUGGCUACAAAAGCAGCAGCUAGUGCUCGUGGUGUUCUGUCUGCCUCCAUUCCAACAUGCCUCGGAGGAAGCCGUUUAGCAAUAAACAGAAAAAGAAACAACUUCAGGUCAAGCGCGAGAAAAAGAGAGGUGAUACAGGCUCGGGUCAGAGUAGCCGGAAUGCAAGUAUAGAGAGAACCGUUAGACGGGACAGACAGUCAGACACAUCAGACAGCGAGACGACGGAUAUAAGGAGGAUCAACCACCAGCCUGGCACCAGAGACAGCAGAUAUGACCCCAACAGGUUCCGGCUUCACUUUGAGAAGGAGAGCAAAGAGGAGGUGGAGAAAAGGAAGAAAACGGCCAGAGAGAAAAUAUUGCAAGCAGUUCCAGAGAGAGACCUGGAGAUGGACAUAACAGAGGUCUACCCUGAAGAGCAAGGGCUGGAUUUCCCACGAAGGCCCUCUUGGCAUUAUGGGAUGCACAGAGAAGAACUAUUGAGGAAGGAAAAGAAGGCAUUUGAUGAAUUUCUGGAGGCUCUUCAUUCCAAGAAUCCUACUGACUCCCUCAGCCAUUUUGAGCACAAUCUGGAGACAUGGAGACAGUUAUGGAGAGUAUUAGAGAUGUCCGAUGUCGUUCUGCUUAUUGUGGAUAUCAGACACCCAGUGCUGCAGUUUCCUCCUGCUCUGUAUCACUACAUCACAGGUGAACUGCAGAAGCAGGUAAUUGUGGUGCUGAAUAAGGUUGACCUUUGCCCUGCGCCACUUGUGUUGGCAUGGAAACACUACCUGAGCAAUCACUUUCCUCACCUGCAAUGUGUGUGCUUCACUUCACACCCUGGACAACCUUACAGCAGCUUGUUUCAGAAAAAGCGAAUGAGGAGAAAGGGUGGGUGGGGCCAGGCAGGAGGACCAAUCCACAUUAUGAGGGCAUGUCAGGAGAUCACAGCAGGAAAAGUGGAUUUAAGUAGCUGGGAAAAGAAAAUACAAAGAGAUGCACUGGCCAUGGGAAGAGAGGGCGAAUGGUCUGAUGAUGGGACGGAGACAGUGCUGAUGGAACACAACACUGAUGUUGCCAUGGAGCUGAACAGUCCCACACGAGAACUUUACAAAGAUGGAGUUCUCACAUUAGGCUGUAUAGGGUUUCCUAAUGUAGGGAAGUCUUCAGUGUUGAAUAGUUUGGUUGGUAGGAAGGUUGUGAGUGUGUCUCGAACUCCUGGUCACACAAAGUAUUUCCAGACGUACUACCUCACCCCUACUGUUAAACUGUGUGACUGUCCUGGACUCGUCUUCCCCUCUAAAGUCAACAGACAGCUACAGAUUCUGGCUGGUAUUUACCCAGUGUCCCAGCUGCAGGAGCCAUACAGCUCGGUGGGAUAUCUGUGUGAGCGCACUCCUUUCCUGUCAGUACUAAAACUUACACACCCAGAACAGAAUGCUGACACACCACACACUACCAGCACACACGAGUGGACAGCCUGGGAUGUAUGUGAAGCGUGGGCAGAGAGAAGAGGCUAUAAGACAGCAAAGGCAGCACGGAACGAUGUUUAUCGAGCCGCUAACAGCCUGCUGCGCUUGGCAACAGACGGGCGCUUAUGUCUGUGCUUGUGGCCACCAGGAUACACACAGAACAAAGAUAAAUGGGAGUCCCACCCAGAUUUGGCAGAAAUCAUCGCUCUACAGGGAAGAAGGCCUGAGGAUGAAGAGAACGGAGACAGGGAUGAGGAAGAUGAAGAGUCAAGCUCUGAGCCAGAGGAGGAAGACGACAGAGACGCAGAUGAUGAUGAGGAUGCCGAUGGAGACGAUGAAGAUGAAAGUGUGAGGUCCGAUAAAAAAGGCAAGGCCUACAGCAUGAACAUGUUUGGCCUGCUGGGAGAGAACGAGUGCGAGUGAGGGAGCAGCUCGAUUUCAGCGCUCAUUCUGUCAUCUCAGUCAGUCACAUUCUUUGUUUCUCAGAAUCCUCUUGUCUGCAUAUUUAGAACUCAGUUUAAGUUGUUACUUAUCAUUUCUCAGUCAAGUACAAACGCUUUCAUCACACUUGCAGAACUUACACUCCUCAAUAUGCCUGUUCCUGCUUGUGUAAGCAGCUGAGUGUGUGUGUACCUCUAUACCCUCUCUCAGCUUUGUUUCAUGAUAGUAAUUUAAAAUUUUCAUUUAAUCUCGUGUUUGAGAGUUUAGAUUGAAUGUAACUACAGUCGGCCAAUUGUGCAGACUGUGUAUUUGAGUACAAUCGUUGAUUGAUCAAGAAUCUGUGAGUUCACAGCUUUAUUGCCAAAGGUUAGCAGAAGGUCACUAAUUUCAAUAAGAGAAAAGACAAAUGGAAGCCUCAGUGCUGCAAGACCCUGCAUGCAGCUUUAGGACAAAUAAGCCAGGUGCAUUUAAGGGAAGUAAGUAAAUACAAAAGCCAGCCAUGAAGUAAAGAGGUAACUAAGCGACAAUGUGAAGUAGAGAACCACAGAAGUGAAAAGAGAGUGUAGUGGAUAUCUAAAGCACUUUUUAAAUUAGGAAGAACUGUUCAGUAUUUCUGAAUAGAUCUUACCAGACCAGGGGUGUGACUGACAUAUACAGUUACUGCCUACUCAGGCUGUGGAGGAAAACAUUGAGUCAUGUCAGAGUUAGAUAAAUUGAAUGUAAGUUGUGUUCUCAGAUCCCGUUUUUGAAGACAUGCAUGCAUCCUCCGCUGUCCUACAAUGGCAGCAACAUAUUUCUAAUGCUGUGCUGCCUUUCAAAGAACAUCUCAAACUGUUUCCUUACAGUUACCUUCAUAGCUGUUGAAGCUCUGCCUUCUAAAUCACUGACUUAUAAGAUAGCAUAGGUAUCAAGGCUUCUGUUUUUGACACAGCUCAGGUUUUGAGCGAUAAUAAGGAAUGUAUUUGAAAGUACUUGUGGGUAAUUUCUGCCUUUCUGAGUUCAAUAUAAUUCCUACACUAUGACAUUCUAUUGUUGAAGGUAUUUCCUGGCAUUGGUUUUGCGUUAGUGCCAUCAGAAUUUUUUUUUUUCCCUUGAUAAAGAAUCUUGAUAAUGGGACUAAUAUGAUACAUAUUUGAUUUACUGGUUGAAUAAAAUUUUGUAGUAUGCAAAAAAAAUAUAUAUAUAAGCUUGCAGAUUAUUAGCUGUACACAUUAAAAAAAAAAAAAAAAAAUCAGUGACUUGUUUUUAUGCUAUGGAGAUGAUAUUUUGUUACGUGAUAUAGAUUUAUAUAUGGGCCAGUCUGAAUGGGUCUGAUGCAGGGUUUGUAAUGUGGGGUUAAAGGGAGCUUGUUUGUGCCUGUGCUCAUCACUGAGCUAAACUAUGCAUGAUUAGGAAUUUUUGGUUAGAUUAGAAAUGAAAGAAUUUGCUAUGUUAAUUUGCCCCAACAAGACAGAAAAGACUGGCACCUUUGUGUAUGAUACGCACCAGUGAGGUGUGAUUUGCACUGAGUUAUAUUCAUGAGAACAUUUAAGAGGUUUAUAUUAUGGGACAUCGUAACGGAGUUUAAGCACUUGAAUAUGAUGCAAAGUAAGAGAAUUGAUAGAGUAAAUGCUGAUAUCCAAGGACCAUAUUCCUCAAUUAUUCAUGUCUAGGACUCCCAAAUCAGGACUGAUACAAUUCCAGUAUAGUGUUAAGCCCUCAAAAUAUUAUCUGACAUCUUAACACUAACAGACAGACAGGGAACAUGAUCAUAGACUUGUUUGAAAUAUAGAUGCCUUAUGAAUGCUGACAGAUUUGCUCUCGAGUGUGCAACUGUAAAGUGGAUGUGUGUCUACCGUGUGCGAGUGACCCAGUAAACAAAUGUAUUUUAUUGCUUAUAUUGAAUUGGUCUGAAGUAGCCCUCUGCAAUAAAGAUGAAACGUCUUUAUCA